AUGAAAAGUGUGCUUUUUACUCUUGGUCUACUCUUCGUCAGUCCCGGAGGGUGCAUCGAUAAUAAUCAUGGUGACAACAGUAAAGAUAUUGAGUUCGAUUUUGAUCCUCUUGAUCGUGGACCAUACUUUGAUGUGGCAGCAUCUCAUAAUGUCACUGCACUUGUCGGCAAGUCUGCACUACUCAGGUGUCGUGUGAGAAACUUGGGAGAUCGUACGGUAUCCUGGGUUCGGCACAGGGAUAUCCACCUUCUGACCGUCGGAACGGACACCUAUACGUCCGAUCAAAGAUUCGUAGCAUCCCAUUUUCCUCGCACAGAAGACUGGACACUUGAGGUCAAAUAUCCGCAACUUCGUGAUUCCGGAACGUAUGAGUGCCAAAUAUCGACAACUCCGCCCAUUGGAUACUCUAUGCAUUUGUCUGUUGUCGAACCUGUGACGACAGUAAUUGGCGAACCGGAAAUGUACAUAAACCGAGGCAGCACUAUGAACUUAACGUGCGUAGUUGAGUUUAGUCCAGAACCACCUCCGGCGAUAUUUUGGACUCACAAUGAAAAGGAGAUUAAUUACGACAGUCCGCGAGGUGGAGUUUCUGUAAUCACGGAAAAGGGCGAGCAUCCAGCCGCAAUGCAACACGGCGGACAACUAAGACUGGCCAACCCACCAUUUGUCAUUCUGCUGUCAAUUUUAAUUAAGGAAUAUAGAUAA